CAAAGGCCAUAUAAAAUUUUAAUUUCUCUUAUGGAUAAAUGGGAGUUGGGUCAACCUAUUGUGAGUAAUAUAUUUGUUGAUUGCAUAUCUAGUCUUGAAUCAAUACAAUCUGGACAUGCCGAUAUCAUGAAAACAGCAAAUAUGUGGAUUAAUAUGGUCGAACCUCAUCUUAUUUGUAUGAAAUUAUACGAGCUGAUUGAUAUAUCUUUUCCUGGUGUAACAGCAUCGAAUAAAAAAGUAGUUCAGAAUACAACUAAUUCGGAAAAUAUACAUUUGGUUGAAUUUACAUUGGAUAUAAUUCAUUUUACAGAUGACGAAGUUAAACAUAUUCAUCUUCCUUUGAUUCUUGCUGCAUUAACUAAAAAAUUAAACAAUGCUCUAAAAAGUCCUAAUUUUAUCGAGAAUUUAUCUCUAGUGAGUCAAGGUAUCAAUUUGAUUCUUCAAAUUCUUGAACAAUUACCAGACACUUUAUUUUUGAAUCGUUCUACACCUCCCAUGAAUAUCAAUAAGAGUGAAGAAAGUAGUAAUAAAAAUGGACUUGAGCGUAAACAGUUCCAAACUGGUAUGAAUAUAGUUGAUUAUACCCGUGAGUUUUAUGGAAUUGGUCAGCCAAUACAGCAGCUUACAAACUUUGAUCGCGAAGAUAACUAUGAUCUUGAAAAUGAACAAACAGAAGAGGGCGGUGAUUUAUCUUCUUCAAUAAAUAUGAAAAAGAGCAACACAGUUCAAUAUAUUCAGUAUCAGACUCGCCCUGAAUAUGAUCCAUUACGUGGUCAAUUACUUGUAAAGGAAGUUGCUGAUAAUCUUACCAGUUUUCUUGUGGACUUUGUCAACAGUUAUAUUAUUUUACCUGAAAAUUUAUUGAACGGGGUUGAUGUUGGUGUUGAGGGCAAGCGUUUGAAACAUAUUGAACAUUAUUUAGAACGCGUUUUCCUUGGUGUUUGUACUGCUAUUGCAAUUAUUGCAAAAUAUGCUGAUAAACAAUUCAUAUUAGGUCGGCAAGAACAACUGACACAUACUUUACUCAAAUGCUGUCAACAGGUUAAGGUCUUUGGUAUCGUAGAUGCAGCAUUAUCAACCUUGACAGUUUUGCUCAAACAGAAACAAUUCGUUGAUUUAUCUGUUUUGAAACAGAUAUCACAAGUGAAAGACAUUGUAGACAAGUUGUGGGGUUUCUUAACGCCUUUAAUGCAACUGCUUCAUGUGCGUACAGUUGAGCUUUUAUGGUUAUUGAUUGAUGUUUCUUUACCUCAUCAAAUAGAAACAAUAAUCUCCAAUUAUCUCAUUCAACAGGAUAACGAAGAGGAAAAGUCGAAUAACUAUGAAAAGUUUGGUAUUAUAUGGGAAUUAUCAGAAAAUGUUCCUGAAGCAAGUAAUGUAUUCUCAAGGCCUCUGUUUAUCAUGUUAGAUUUGCUAAGAGACGGAGCAUCACCUUCAGAUCGCAGAGCAGGGGAUCUAUGGAUUCGUUGCCAUCUUAAGAGUUAUGCUCGACUUCUUGAGCCAUUCAUACUGACAUUAUUAAGUAAGCAUAUCUUACGUCGUCCAGCAGAAUUAGAAAUUGAAUGGAAAAAUCAAAUUUUGAAGAAAAAAGCAACACAAACUACGGAAGACAAGAUUACAAAAAUUUCGUAUUUUUUUUAUAUAAAGCCAUUUGAUGCAGAAUCUAUUGACUAUAUGUUUACGACAUUAAUUACAUUAAUUACAUUUGGCGGUCUGAACGUUUUAAAGUCAUGUAAAUAUCAUACCAUUGAUAAUGAAAGUUCUAUUGCUAAGGCUGCUCGAGUUUCAUUUAUUCCCGAUAUGGAUAAACCUACAAAAUUGUUAGAUCUUUUGGUGAUGAUAACUAUUAGGUAA